GAACUCUCACCAUAACACCCGAGACUCAUCUAGUAUGAACGACAUGGCUUCUCUACGUGCCAAGCUUUUGAAUGGUCUCAUUCACAGCCAUCCACGCGCUCCUCUUGCACCUCGUGCCACAGCAUCGUUUUCAACGCGGAACAUUCUACACAACAAGGACAACACCUCAAAGACUAAUCAACCAAACGAUAAGAGCAACGCAGGUUACUGGAAGUAUGAUCUGAGCUUCAAGACUCAGAUGAGCAAAGCAGUGCUGUUUGCUGUUCUUGCCGGCGCUGGCGCUGUGGAAAGCUGGACUUGGUACUGGGAGAUCCGGGAAUGGUGGACGGGCGUGCGAGACGACGGGGGGGAAAUAUAGGUUAUAUAGACUGGUGUCGCCUCGUCUACAAUUCUUCCGGGAGACCAGUGCUUCUGAUUUGUUUUCAUCUUUUCCCC